CGAAGAAGCUACUUGUCUAAGCGCUGAUAAGCGUCGGAUAUUAUCGAUUGUGUCGCGCUGAGCAUGGCUAGAGUUUACCAGCGACUUAUCCUCAGUGAGAACAGAGAGCUAGAAAAUGCGAGCCGGUUUAAAUGUGGGCAGGAGUGGACACUGCCCCAUGCCAAGUGAUACCUUCGAGGGUUUUGCCUCAGUUUUCUUCUGUAUUGGAUAAAGUAUAUAUCACGACUGACCGCAGUUUGCAACAGCAUGCAGUUAUCUAUCAAUUGGAUACUAAGGCUAGUGUUUAUAGUCAUGAUUCAAUGUCAAGUGUACAGUCUACCUAAGAUUGGCCGCAAAUAUGUGAUAGAUCUGAUCGAGAGCCUCCCUGCCAUCAACACAACCAUCAUGCAACCCGUUCCAGGCUUCCAUAUUCAAUCAAAGGCAUAUUACCUUCGAAAUGUAAACCAAAAAUUAGAACUUCCCCGCUCCACUGUCAGAAAGGCUUUGAAUCUCCUAGAAGAAAACGGUGAAUUCACAUUUUUAGCAAUCAUCAAACAAAGAAGAAGAAACUCAGGAACGAUAUUCUCAAUUUCAAAAGGAACAGAAAGAUAUUUAGAGUUACACAUAUCAGGAAGAAAAAAACGUGUUCGUCUUUAUUACCGCCACAACAAGCGAUUAAUAAUGGAGGAAUUCCCUUACGAACUUGAUGACAAUCAGUGGCACCAGGUGGCCAUGAGUGUCAGUGGCGCACAUGCCACGUUAUAUGUAGACUGCAACCGUAUUUAUGAACGCGUUAUUAAACCUAUCGAUCGGUCUUUCCGUCUAAAAGGGGUAUCACUUUGGCUGGGACAAAGGACUUCUAAAUUUUCAUACUUCAGGGGUACGAUACAAGAUGUCAAAAUAGUAGCCAGACCUUAUGGAUACACGUUACAAUGUCCAAAUUUAGACACAGCCUGCCCGACUUGUGGUCAGUUCAAUGCCUUAGAAGACACAGUGUCAGAAUUGAAAAAGUAUUUAAAAGAUUUAAGUAAAAAGUUAGAUAAAGCAGAGGAAAAAAUCUCAUAUUUAGAAAGCUGUGAAUGUAUGAAAAGCUGUGAUGUGAAUGGUACACAAUAUCGAGAUGGCGAGUCAUGGAUGAGGGAUAAAUGUCAAAGAUGUACUUGUAGGGGUGGGGAGGAGACAUGUGGAGUGGAGUGUCCACCAUUGGACUGUUUACAUCCAGUCCAGCUUGAGGGCAAAUGUUGCAAGUUUUGUCUCAGGCAGUGUUUCCACAAUCGUCGAUCAUAUGAACAUGGGGAAGUCUACACACACAGAUCACCCAGUCGACGCCCGACCUGCAUGAGAUGUUCUUGUCAGGAUGGCAGCAUGGAAUGUCGUGAGCUUGACAUGGCCACAAUAUGUCCACCUCUCAACUGUUCUGAGCGCUAUCAAAAAGCGGACGAAUGCUGUGAAGUGUGCAAAGAGCAAAGAUCAGGAAGUUCUAAGGAUAAACGCUCAUCAGGCACUGACUACUGUGCGCAGGGACACAAGUGCCAUAGCAACGCAACGUGCAUCAAUUUUGAUACGAGAUAUGCUUGCCAGUGCAACCAAGGUUUCCAUGGCGAUGGGAUAACAUGUGAAGUGAUCAAUGCCUCUGCCUUAGCAAGUGUAAAUGUGUUAAGUUCAGAUGUGAAUGAAUGCACUAGAUUGGGUGGGUCACAUGGCCAUCAUUGUGGUGACCAUACUCAAUGCAUUAACACCGUGGGCUCAUACUACUGUCGAUGCUUGCCGGGUUAUACCACCGUUGAUGCAUUUACCUGCCAAGAACACAAUGAAUGCUUGACGGGACAAAAUGAUUGUGAUGAGAAUGCCGAUUGUAUCAACACUGUUGGAAGUUAUGAGUGCAAGUGCAAGGCCGGCUACCCAGGCAAUGGGAAGACAUGUAAAGCCACUUGUAAAGAGAGUUGUCUGCAUGGUGGGACUUGUGUUGCCCCCGAUACCUGCAAGUGUCGCCAUGGAUUCAGAGGGAAACUUUGUGAAAUAGACAUCGAUGAAUGUGCCCUUGGUCUGGAUAACUGCCACAAGAACUCACAAUGUGUCAACUUGCCAGGAUGGUAUUAUUGUAAAUGUAAAGAGGGCUACUCUAGCCGCAGAGAAGAUAACAGAUACGGAAGGCUUUGUCGAGAUGUGAAUGAAUGUUCUGAAGCAAGGGAUAGCUGUCAUCGGAGCAGUCGAUGUGUCAACACAGAUGGAGGCUAUGUGUGUUCUUGUGACGGAAAGAAGCACUGUUCACAGAAUUGUGUCUAUAUGGGAUUGGAAUAUGCCAAUGGUACCACAUUCAAGAAACCGGACAAGAAUUGUCACAUCUGCUCAUGCAAAAGUGGUCGAGUUGUGUGUCAGUCGGAGCCCUGCGACUGUUCCUCUCCUACUGUCAGCCCUGACUGUUGUCCUCACUGUGUUCAUAAUGCUCACUGUGCCCACCCAGACACACAGCAGAUCUAUCAAAAUGGAGAGACGUGGCUUUAUGAUUGUGAGAUCUGUGAAUGCUUGGACGGUGAGGUUGACUGCUGGAAUCUCAACUGCCCAGAGCUAGCUUGUGAGAAGACGGUUCAACUAGAAGGCGAAUGCUGCCCGAGAUGUCAAAAUGAUAAUCCUUGCCAGCGACCAGCCCGCAAGCAUGACAACACAAGUGCUACUUGUAACUACAACACAACUUCAUAUAAAGAUGGAGCUACUUGGCAUUUAUCGAGAAGUCAUCAUGACUGUACACUUUGUGAAUGCAGGGCCAGCCAUAUAUGUUGUUCGUACAACCCUACAUCAUGCCAAGAAGCAGACGAGGAGCUAGUAGUUUCAACAGAUAAGGCAUCAUUGUCAGAAAUGCAAAUCAUCGAAACCGAUACAGAUGGAGAAACGGAUUCACGACAUACAGGUCCGGCCGUCACCGACACAGGGCAGAUUGGAGUGGGAAUGUCAGACUCCAGUGACUUGAGUGUUGUAUCUGCAUCAGAACAUAUUUCAGACUCUUUAUCUGGAGGAAGUCAAACUCCAGAAAACACAGGGGACUCUUUGAGCCCAGACAGGGUGAGACAGUCAGCAUCAGACGGGACUGAAAAAACUGCCAGGUCAUCGAAAGAUGGUAGUAGUUCGCUGGCUGUAUCACCUGUACCUCAGUCAACAUGGACUGAUGGGUUAUCUAGGUUAUUAAAUGUGACGAGUAGCCGGAAGCCAUGACAAACCAAUAGCUAACAUGUGAGAUUGUGAUAAUAUACCAAAGACGUAAGGGACCAGUAGAAUACUCGGCGGUGACCUGACAGGUAGGGCACUCGCAUGAAGUGCCCUGUGGAGGAACUGCAGCUUGAGCCAGCCAGUUGGAAUAAGGCACCGAAACUGCAUGGAGAAAAAUGAAUCUCUUUGUCUUCAAUGUGCAAUUUUUUAUGCUAAACACUGUCACUGGUGGAAACCAAGCAGUCUUGUGUUGUAACAAGAUCAUUGGUUGCACCAAAUGCCUUUUGGUUAGUAAUACUGGUGGCUACCAGUAUGGUGCCACUAACAGUUGAGGCUGAGUAGAUGCUGAUGUCAAAGAGGGGAAGUGGCUUGGUUAUAUUGAUACCAAAUAUGCUUGUUAUAUCAUGAGCUGCAAUUGGUUGACACCAACUAGGAUGCUUUGGUUCCGUUGCUUUUCACAUGCCGAUCCGUGUGAUUGUUUACACUCAAUGUGCUCGCUAUACGGUAUACAGCAUCGCUAUACGGUAUACAGCAUCGCUGUACGGUUUACAGCAUUGCUGUACAGUAUACAGUAUUGCUGUAUGGUAUACAGUAUUGCUAUACAGUAUACAGUAAUGCUAUACGGUAUACAGUAACACUAUACGGUAUACAGCAUCGCUGGACGGUAUACAGUAAUGCUAUACGGUAUACAGCAUCGCUAUAUGGUAUACAGUAUUGGUUUGAUACCAUACCAGCUGGUCAUGUAAGAUAAGGUGCUGCUACUUGUUGACAACAUAUUCCGUUUCAUGAGAAAAUGGCACUUAGAUUUUUGUGAUUUCAAACAGAAAAAUGGCAGUUUAAUGAAAUGUUAUAUUUCAUCUGAAACUUUAACAUUUGGAGCCAGAGUUUCCACAGAAAUACCACCCCUAAAGCCCGAGUUUCCAGAACAAAAUGAUGUUUACAUAACCCCUAAUGCCAAAAUACUCACAUAACUCAAAUUUUCACCCUGGAAAACCUUAUAUGAAAAUAAUACUCUGCUACCGCACUACGUAACCAAAGUUGUCAUUUGGAAUACCUCAGUCUCACAAAGCUGUAAUAAGUGAUUAAUGUGAAGGGCCGCAGAAUAAGUUUUGGUUACUAUUAGUCAAGAUCGGGCAAACAGAGAAGUUUUUCUUUGUCAAUUUAAGUCGAGCUCGGGCUUCAAAGGGUUAACAUCUAAAGCAUCUAGACAUAUUUACUUUGCCAGAAUUGGACAAAGCAUGACCAAGAACAAGUUGGUUGAAGCGAAAUAUACAGAUUUCCCAGCCAUUUUAGGCUUUUUUGCUUGUAGUGCCAUUUUCUCAUGAAACUGUCAUCGGCUGAAACAAGCCGUACACAUUAUCUAGAAUCAAUGGAAGCAGCUGUGCAAGAAAUGAUCAAGCAUACAUGGACGCAUGGAUACAUGGACGCAAGCAAAGCCAUUCCAGAAACAGCCAUACUGCUAGAUCGGGACCAGUGUCUUAGUGUUAAGCAAAAACAUAGUCAGUCGAAAUUUAACUGCUGCAAAAAUGCCCUAGGUUGAGUUACUAGGCCUAGGUUUAUUACUCUACAGCAUAUGAUGCAUAUAAAGUUUUAAAAUCUUGCCUAUCACAGAUAUGAUGUAAAAGUGAACCCAGUGUUUUUAUUGGUUUUCAGCUUUUUUGAAAAGCUGUUGAAGAAAAAGCUUGUACCCGGUAAGUCUAAAAUAAUUCGAAAAAUGAGAACAAAAAGUUAUUUUCAAAAUAGAAAAAAUUCUGACUUGUCAAGAAGACACACAGUAUGCAGAAACACACAGUAUGCAAAAAAAACGAAUUUGGUUCUUCUAAGCCUGUAAGUGCAAUAGCUUAGUGAGAGAUUAAUUUUUUUAAAUUUCGCAUCAUUUUCUCAUGCAGAACAUGACAAAACCGACUUACUAGGUUUUUGCUACAAUUAACACUCAAGAGCUAAGCCAUACAAGAGUGAGAGAGAAUUAGCAUCAUUGAUUGGCCUUUGACUUUCUGAGUUUGUGUGGACCAUUGGCAAUGCUUCUUUUUGGACACCAGAGCGCGAACUGCUGGUUGGGUUUCUUUAAAGAUGUUAGCUUCGUGACCAAAUAGGUUCUUUGGGUUCGGAUUGUCAGUGCAAAAUGAACAAAAUCUUCAGCAAAGCCAUGUGGUCAAAGAGGAUGGACCAUAUUUUGUUUCUGGAUAUUUCUCAUUUAUACUUGGUACAAAAAGUUAUAUCGUUUAAAUUGGUCAAGAAAUGAACUGUACAGAGCAGACAAUGUCCCAAUUCAAUGCACUACUGGUACAUUAAUGUACACAAAUACAUGCAAAAAACUUUAUUUCGUUACCAUGAUUACAUCAUCGCUAAAAUCAAUAAAAACCAAACCUCAAGUAAGUCCUACCAGUAGCUUGCACCCCAGAGGCCAAAGCGGUGUCGAGAAAACAUUCACAUUCAGAUGACAAUGGAGCCUUGGAGGCAAGGAUCGAACCUUUAAGGUAUAUUCCGUGCCAUAGUGAUCAGACCUGAUCUGAUGUGUAAUCUCAAGGCACUUUCAAAGGCAUGGUCAGGUACAAGAUCUUUGAUGAAAGUCAAUGGAGGUUAUAUUUGGUAAAUGACAGCAACAUAUUGGUGGACCUUAACUUCUUAGAAAUUCUACAAACUCUCUUCUCAGCUGAUCGAAGUCUUGCAUGAAUGGCACAUGGCCCCAAAUUAUAAAAUUUCAAUUCGACUUUUAUAUGUUUGAUGAUAUACUAUUGUCGACAGUUUUGUGUGAGGCCAGGGGGUACAUUUCAUUACAUUGAAUGGUUAUUGGCUCAUUGUUGACUUUUAACUUUUCAUUAAAGUAGCUGGUCUUCCUACCACAAACAGCACAAAAACCAAUGUCUAGUCAUAUUUGUCAUAUAAUUUCAUGGGUAUUUCUUAUUGUGUUGAAUUAGAUGAUUUUAGGCUCUGGAAAUUAGAUGAUCACAGUGUUGCUUCAUUGAGGGUGUAAUAUAUCUGAUGGAAAUUUCUUCGGGCAAUUAAUGUAGCCAAAAGCAAUGUAACCUAUACAUGCUCCGCCAGGUUCUUAUUUUGUUCAUACAUGUAACUCAUUCUGGUAAUUUAUUUAUAUAUUUUUGUACAUUUGAAUAUUAUUGUAGUGAGAAUUGUUAAUGUAUUUACAUUUUGAGCUUGAGACACUGGGGACGAGGUAGGUGGAAUUGUUGGGCAGACGCCCGCAACCACUGAUAAUUGUAUUUGAUGUUUGCUUGGCAGGUUGAUGAACCAGUGAGCAAAAAUGGAUGAUUAUAAAGUUGCAACACUUUUCCAUAGCUGUUUCUCAUGCUAUGCCUUCGGACAAUCCAACCUGGGUUACAGGCUCAACUACAGUUGGGAAGUGUUUUUUUAUCAUUUUUUCGCCCUGUGCACAGUUUGUCGUAGCACAUGUGUGACAUCCUCUGCAAGCUCUGUGGUAAACAUUACAUUUGAUCUGUCAGAAUCAAAUGCCUUAUCUGCUUCCACUGCUAUUGGUGAAUUAAAUGUAUUGGUCAAAUUGCUAGUAUGGAGUGUGGGAUUGGUUUAAUUGGUGUCGCAUGGGCUUUUGCCUGUGCAGAUCAAAAUGACAUUGAGAACGGUAUUAUCAUCAUGACUUGAAUGGUCUUGACAACUUGUUAUGUAGGAGCCAUUAUGUAUGUUGAUGAUGUAAACACAAUGUUAGCUAGUCCUGUUUGUCCUGUUUCAUAAGUUUAAUAGUGGUGUGCAAUGUCCCAAGCUCUUCGACCGGUCCAGUUGUUUCGGUCUGUUUUUUCAUCUUUUUGUCUCAUUUUGAUGGAGAACGUCAUUGUCCUACUAGAAAAAAUUCAUACUACUGGGUCAGAGUGAUAUAAAAGUGCAAUGGAAGACUAGCUGUGAAUUGACUCAAAGGUGUACUCGUCAAUUAAUCUAUAAACUAAACCAUUCUCACCUCCACCUGUGAAAUCGAAAGAUGCUCAUCAUUAAUCAUUUUACUGAAUGACAGGAUAAUCUUUUCUACUGGAGAAGUGAACCACUUUUCUUUUCUUUCUAUUUUUAGGGUACAAUUUUUCGGUGGUACUUCUUUUUGUUUACAAUUUGUCUUAAACCGAGCUUAACUAUUUAGUUAUUUUCAUGCUUGGGGGAUGAUGCACAUUCAUACCAAAAUGAGUCUGUUAAGCCUUCCUGGAAAGAAAGAAUAAUUGAUAGUUGAUUAGGUUAGAACUAAUUAGUUUAAAUGGGUAUGAUGAUAAUGAUGAAAAAGACUUGUUGACAACUGUUGCGAAAGCUGUAUAUUUACGGGAUAUUGUAAUAUGAAUACACAUAUAAUUACAUAUAUAUAUAUAUAUAGAUUGGAAGUGACUUUAAUGUAUAAUUUCCAUCAUGCUGAAUAUGUGUACAUUCUGUUCAGUGUACUCAGAUAGGAACGUUUCCACAACACUCGCAUAAUAUGAGCCACCAAUGCAUUUCAUUCUCACCUUGUGUAGUUGUCGUGUCAAAAACACCAGCUUUAUUUUGUAAAGAUCAAAGAUCAUGUACUGAGAAUUGACUAGUUGUAUCUGCAUUUUUUUAAAACCAAUUUUUUUAUCCUAAUUAUCAUUACCUUUAAAUUAUAAAAACAUCGCAGUUUUUGGAAACAUGAGUCGGAAUUCAGACUCGGUUCCAAAUUAAAAAACCCUUCAGAGAGUUGGAAUUGGAAUCCUUCCCUGAAGAAAACACUAAUCAGGUAGUAAAACAAUGGAUCGGGAGGUACCUCAAGUUAUUGAUAGAUGGCAGUGCAUAUCAAUUUUAAAGUGACAUAACUUUUCAAUCCCGUAAUUUUUGAGAAUUUGUGUUUUUCAAAUAACUCACAGUGCAUUUUGCUAUACCUUCCUUUCAGCAUGUGUAGAAAAUGAAGGGGUGUUAAUUCAGACUCGGGAGUCCGAAUUUGGAUUCAAUCAGGGAAUCUUGAUUAGAACUCAGAGCCCGAACACGGAUACAGUUCUGAAUGAAAUCCAGAACUGAGCUUUUGAGUCUUGAACGGCCUUUUCACAGAAUUACCAAACUAUUAAAUACAGCUGGUUAAUCGGAAUGGAGCGGUGUUGCAUUGACGUACAUUCAUUGUUUUGUCAAUGCCAUGUGUUUGCUGUCAAGUACGGAGGCACUGUCUGUCAUGUAUAAUAUGGAUAAGAUACAUGAGUCGAGGAAAAAAACAAAAGAUUCUGGGGCAACCCAAGCCACCACACAAUAAUCACAACCUGUGGAGGUGUUUGAAUGCUUUUAUUGUAAAAAGAUAAGCAUUGGGCACACUUCAAUGUAAUUAUGAAAUAAAUUUAAAAUAUUUAUUUCAUCUCCAUAAUAUCAUCUCUUGCUUUGAAAGUUUGCCUUUUGUGAUCAACAUCUAACGUUUUUUUUCAGGCAAAAUGUUGGCGAUCAAAGAUAUAUCUAAAACUAGUAACUAUAUUUGCUUGAAGUCAUGCCGCCAUGCAACCUAAAGGCUGCUUUGCAUACUCUAUCAACCAAAUAUUGUUUUCUAUUCUUUUAAGCCUCUUCCAUUGAAAUUAAAUAAAAUCAUUUUUGGACACAAUUUUAAAGAAAAUAAACAAACUUGAUGUUGUUGCAACUAAAGCAGGAGGGAGGAAUGUCAACUUGGCUUUUCGACUUCAAGGCAUAUGGGAUUAUAAUUAUGCCCCCCACUCAAUGAAGUUGAGAUGGGCGUAUUAUGUUCUCAGCUGGUUUCCGCAUCUGCACUCUAUUCCGCUCAAUUACUCAAGAACCACUCGUCAGGCUGAUUUGCAAUUUUUAUGGCAUAAAGCCCUAGUGUGUCAAAGGUUCCCUAUUGAUUUUGGGCCCAAGCCCAAAUCGAAGAUGGCUGCCAGGUUGCCAUCUUGGUUUUUCACAUUCCACCCCAUAACUCGAGAACCGAUUGAGUGACAGACCUGAAAUUUCUGUGGUGUAAUGACCUAUUGUGAGGGAUGUUCCCUAUUGAUUUUGGGCCCAACCCAAAAUCCAACACGGCUACAAUCUUUGCUUCCGCAUUCCACCCAAUAACUCAAGAACCGAGUGAGUGACAGACCUGAAACUUAUGUGGGGUGAUGUCCUAGGGUAGGGGAGGUUCAAUUUCAGACCCAACCUAAAAUCCAACACGGCUGUUUAGUGACAGCCAAAAACAUCUCUGGUGCCCACGGAGCGGUGGCAUACAUUGCGAUUCGCCUCGAUUGCAUUAAGUGUCUAGUUAUUAAAGAUGUUGGUGAAGCAAGGGAAGCUAUCUAGUUUACUACACCAUGUCAUUGGCAAGUUUUGAGUUGCUUUUGAGUAACUGCAGAAAUGGCAUAAAUGAAAUGUAAGCUUAUAACUUUUUUACAACUUGUAAAUACAUCUUUGCUUUUCUGGGCCAUUUUUUCAUCUGUUCGAGCAUCAAUAAAAUGCUGUGGCACUGCAUUGCUUUGUUUGUACAUAUUUAUAUUAUGUAUGUUUGUUUGCUGCUACAUAUCUUAACUGAGAUAUAGUCUCUACAACAACUACGUGACAGAGGGGACAGGUGGAAGAUUACUUGACUCAUGAGAGCCUUUUAUUGGUGUGCUUUGUAGCCUGGCAAAAUCCUUCAAAUGAUGGGGUGACAAUUAUUUAUUUAUUUAUUGGAUAUUACAGACAGAAUAGGUGUUGAGUUUUGGGUAAUGCAUAUCUGUCAAAUUAGUUAGUUCAAGCGUAUUCACACACAAUUUGAAACAUUCAUUUACCUUCUUUGUGUUUGUUUAUAACAAGGUGCUACUGUGUAUAUAUUUAGUUUUUUUGUUACUGCCAAAAGAGGGCCUUUUAGAUGAUUGACAUACUUGUUAAUAUAGAUGUUAUGAUGUGAUGUGUCAGUCAUCAUCUAGAUGGUUCUGUAGUCCAGUUUGAUUUAGUUUGUAGAGUGCAGCCCUGAGCAGAAUGUCUCGAAAUUAGUCAUCCGUAAGUAAUCAUUCAAAAUGGUCACGUUUUGUAUGACUUCAAUGAUGGUUGUGUCAAAUAGGGCAGUUACGCAGCAACCGUUUAUCAUGAGCCAUGUUUGGUAAACCUCACUGUGAUUCAUUGUCAAAUUAACCCUAUUCUGGAGAGGAAUGUAGACAAUAACACUCGUCAGCAUGACCUGAGGAAAGUGAAUGUAUUGAUUAAAAGCUUGUAGCUCCCUUGUCACAAUCAUUAUAACCCUGUAUCUAAGGACAAGACACUGAAAAUGAUGUGUUACCCAUUGUUGUUCAGUGUCUCUCAUGAAGUCCCUUGUCACCAGACAAGUCGCAAACCAGCAUGGCCAUAUCCCAAUUUUCCACAGUGUCACUUGACAUGAAGAACAAACAAGUCACAUCCAGAGAGCGGGCUACAUAGUUGUCACAUGUCACUUUCACCCUCUCGUCAUAUUUCAUGUUGGGUUAUGUAACAUUGUGAAUCCUGUUUUUUCGGCCUUUUUACAUGCAAAAAUGCUAUACAAUUCCACAGGUUUAUGUAUAACUAAUGCCUCAUUACAUUGUAAUGGGAAACAACUGAAUCUCUCAGCUGAUAUUUUAUACUUUAAGGAACAAUCGGAUAAUCCCUUCCAUGUGCUUGCGUUACGGAAUCAGGAGUCAUUGGCUUGCUGAUAGGACAACAAAACUACCAGUGGUAAUGAAUUGCUGUCCUUUCGCUCCCUGAUCUCUUUGCCUCCAAUUGUUUUGCUCUGAAUGGUAGUUAACUUGCCCCCUUGCUUGGUUGUUUCGCCCCCCUUGGACUUCAGGCUGGUUUCUAUAAGGUUGUACAAAGUGUUGCCUGAGGGAGUUGGUAAAAUAAGAUAAGAAGUGUCUAUUUAUUGAUGGGCCAUCUGCAGUGUGACCUUGAGCAAGUCAAUUGGCCAUCUUUUUGAUUGGUCUUCUGGAGUCUAAUCUCUCUCAUCAAGCUGGAAUUCAGAGAGUUUUCUAAGAGUAAGAUGAUGUAGAGGUGAAAUAGCUUGUAAUCUAACUUCUCUGUGAGUUUAGAUUGGAUGACGACAAAACUUAUCCUGAAAGUAGGGAUUGAUACAGAGUAUGACUUGGCAGGCUUUAAUUUGGAAUUCUGAAGCGAUUAUGGAGAAAUAUAUGUUUGGUAGUUUUGCAUUUUGAGGGAAGUCCCUUGAGAUAGGGUCAGAAGUGAGGAAAAUUUACUGAAAUCUACAGGAAAAGUAUGGAAAACAUUGUACAAUACUCAUCCUGAAUUUGUUAUUCCAUUUUGAGUUUAUUUGGUUGUCUUCGCUCCCUUUUAUCUUAUGAAACAUGACAUUGGCCCUAAAAUUAGCCAGCCUUCAAUUCUAAUGCAUGUACUGGUAUGACUCGUCAUAGUCUCUACAUGUAGGUACUCCUGGUAAAGAACACACAAUAGGUCAAAUGCAUUGAACAGUAUACAGGCCAUGAUAAGGGAUUAGUAAUUAGCAUAUUCUAUUUUAGUCUAGAAUCUAUAAAGGUUAGGGAACCUCUGCCUACAUCGUUCUGUAGUGCCCAUGAUAUUCAAGGUAUAGCCUACUCUAUUUGAACUAUCCUCAAAAAUCCAAAGUCGGUCGUAUCCUCCUCCCCUCGCACAUGUUACUGUCGGUCAUCAGUGUCGAGUGUUGGCCUUAGGUUAUGGCCAGCUCCCCAGGUUAUUUGCUAGUUUCUGUAAUUACUCGUUUUAGCCAAAAGUGGAGGAUCAAUCUAGACUAUGGUCAAUCGAUAUGGUAGACAAGUGAAUUGCCUGAGGUCUGAAUGACUAUUUAAAAAGACAAAUGUCUUGCUCAAGAUCACAAGAUAACACUACAAAAAAGAUUUUAAGAAACCAAACCGCAGUCCUAGGGGGCAAUGCCACUUCCAUGCCACUUGCUGAAUCCACUCCCACUUAAUGUAAAACUACUAGGGGUUAAAAGGUCAGGGGCAAAACAACCAGAUAUCGUUGUAAUAAUGUAGUAUUGGCCAGUAAUGUACCAGUAGUAUUCAUUUAUCAAAGCUCCAUAUCAGAUUCUUGAUCAUUUAUUAUUUCGAUCCAGUAUACAAUUGAUCAGUGGGCAAUCUUUUGGGUACAGUGGGCUGUAUUUAAUUGAUGAGUGAGCUUUAAGGAUACAGUGGGCUGUAUUAAAUUGAUCAGGCUGUUUGGGUACUGUGGGCUGUAUCUGAUGGUCAGUUAACUGUUAGGGUACAGUGGACUGUUUGGGUACAGUUUGCUGUAUUUGAUUGGUCGAUGGGCUGUUUGGGUAGAGUGGGCUGCAUCUGAUUAAUCAGUAGCUGAUCAGAUAAAGAGUACACUGCUAUUGAUUGAACAGUGGUUUGGCUACUUAUACCGAGAAAUAGAGUCCAAAUCACAAUUGUCAUCCCUAAAUUCGCGUCAUUGACGUGCUUCCCAGCGCGUAGGGUGUGUGUAAGGACGUCUUUAGCACACAACUUGGUGCAUAGCUAGCGCGUGCGCUGAACGUCAAUGACAUGAAGCACAAUGAGGUCAACUGUCAUUAGGACUGUCUGUGAGCACUUUUAUUUAAAGAUGUACAUAUGUGGCCUGGGCUACCUGGUAUUUAGUUACAUUGAGUUCUGACCGAUGUGGAGUGUUUUGUUACGUAGUGGGUUACAUAAAAAUGUAGAAAGCAGUCACUCUGUAUUUUUAAAUGAUCUUGAAACUUUUAAAAAGUCAAGUUUAUUGUUUGUAUGGUUGUUCUAACUUAUACUAACUAAUAUCAAUGUCAGCUGCAAAUAUAAAAAUAUCAUAAUCAUGUCAUUCAUUGUGGAGCUUCAUUUGGGUUUUGUUAAGCUAAGAAUAGCCCACAUCCCUUUCCCCUCAAACCCCAUUCCCCACUGCUAAUUUUGCCUCAAUAAUAUCAUAGAAAUAUCACCACCUCUGUUUAUUUUUAGCUCACCUCUCGGGAGCUUAUACAAUACCGUGGCGUCCAUCGUCGUCGUCCGUUAGCAGAGCACGUUUCAUCACCGCUAGGGCUAGAUGGCUAAAACUUGGUGUGAUGGAAGCUUUGGGCGAUAUGCCCAGACUUUUUUUUUUUUCGCGAUUGGACGAAGUUUUUAUGGUUGGUGUAUCUAAUAAGGUUAAAUUACAUAUACAGGUUUUUGAUUUGACCUACUUUUCAAGGUCACAGAGGUCAAAGUUCACUAAAUCGUCGAUAAGUGGCACUUUUCGUUUCUAUUUGAGCUAGAAGGUUCUCAACUUGUAGGGACAUGUAUUUAGGGACCCACUAUUCUACCCCAAAAAUUUGUCACGCUCGGACUUCAAAUAUUGCCACCAGGCGGCCAUCUUGAAAAUUAAACGAAAUCGUAUUGCAACCAAAUAUCAUGUGAUUGUAUAUAUAUGUACUCUCUACAACAUCCCAGAUCUUCAGUUGAAUCCAUCGACCAGUAUGGCCGCCAGGCGGCCAUCUGGAAAAUUAAACAAAGUCCUAUUACCCCAAAACUAAUGAUCGAAUUGCAUCCAAACUUCAUGUGAUAAUGUAUCUAUGUAAUCUUAUCAAUAUCCCUAAUUUUCAGUCAAAUCCCAUGACAUAUAUGACCACCAGGCUGCCAUCUUGAAAAUCCAACAAAGACCUAGUACUCCCUAAACUGUUGAACAGAUGUCAACCAAUUUCCAUGUGUCAUGUACACUCUUCAAUAACCCUGAAAUUCAGUCAACUUUCUAACCAAAAUGCUAUACUUAGAUGGUACCGGUAAUUUUCUUUUGUGCCAUUGAGCCGAGAAGAAUAAUAUUAUUCAAUGGAAUCAAAACUGGUGAAACUAGCCAGAAAGUGUUCUCCCCAUAUCCACCGCAAAUGACAUACAUUACAUUGCCCGAGGUGAGCACAUGAUCCCUGGACCAUUUCAUUUCAAAUAAAGUGUAUGUUUCAAAAUUGUAUAUGCAUAUAUCAUUCAUAGUGCUACGUGAACAUGUUUAUUGUUUUCCUGUUUCAACAAAAAAACUACCACCGGAUCUCAUGGUUUGCAAUUCUUACAUCCAUUCGCACCCUUCUCAAAAUGGAUUUCACUUGUUUAAGAAACUAAGUGAUCAACUUGUCAAGGCCAGUGCCAUCACCUAUUAAUAUUUUCAACUAGAAAUUGUGAAAGACCUCCGAUGAUAAUCUGAUUUUCAAUCAACUACAGUAUCAUAUAUAUACAGCGGUUGGUAGAGGUCUCUUGAUUUGCUUAAUGUAGGGGAGUUUGGUGGUUGGUUUGGUUAAUGCUCAGAAUGAAAUGAGAAACCACAGGCACUUUGGCGAGUAGCUGAUUAAAACUCAAGGUUAGGGCAGGCAUUUACUACCAUGUAAAGGAUUCCGAAGAGAAGCCUGGUAUUACUGCUUACUAAAUUUGGACGUAAAAUAUAUUAACCCCUAAAUCCCUUUGGUGUCCCAAGUAGACAGGUCAUACUUAGGAUUGAACCACAGGAAUGGCCUAGUUUGAUCCUCCACAAAUAUCUGACUGAACUGGUGUAGAGAUGUUAUCAGUGAGAGUAUUACUCUUAUGUCAUAUAUAUAACCAUGGCCAACGACCAACCUCCUUAAGGCUUGAAAAACUUGGUUGUUGUGCAUCCAUUGUGUAUUUUUCAUCUUAUGUUUAUGUCAGAUAGUUAAUGUCGGCUUGCAUCCUGACCUUCAUGUGAUGUGUAACCAUUCAUAUGUGUGUUCCCAGCUGCCACAAGUUUUUCCCACAUUACUGUGUCUGGUGAGAAAAGUGGACGUUUGUGUCUUGCCUACUGUUGGAUAAGCUGGAAAAUAUAGUGAAGGAUUGCCAGUUAAAAAGUGGUGUUAGUGCAGCUGGUGACUCGUUUGCUGUAAAACCUAACUUGUUGGUGAUAGUGCACUUCUGUUCAAUGUCCUCCUCGGUCCCCCUUAAUGUUCUUGAAGAUUUCCUCCUGAAGUAAACAGCCAUAAUCGUUAUACACUUUGUAUAUAGGCGAUAUUAUAUUUAAAUAAAUCU